AUGGGUCGUGUUAAACUGGAGAUAAAGAGAAUAGAAAACAACACAAAUCGACAAGUUACGUUUUCAAAGCGUAGAAAUGGACUUAUUAAGAAGGCUUAUGAACUUUCAAUCCUUUGCGACAUUGAUAUUGCUCUAAUUAUGUUCUCUCCUUCCGGUCGUCUUAGCCACUUCUCUGGCAGAAGAAGGAUCGAGGAUGUAUUUACUCGUUUCAUUAAUCUUCCAGACCAAGAAAGAGAACAUGCUAUAAUUUUCCCCGAUCACCGCCAACAUCCUGAUAUGCAAAACAAAGAGUAUUUGCUUCGGACACUACAACAGCUCAGGAAUGAAAGCGAUAUUGCCCUUCAACUUGCCAAUCCUAUCGCUGUGAAUACUGAAAUUGAGGAACUCCAACAAGAAAUUUGUAGGCUACAGCAACAACUUCAAAUGGCAGAGGAGCAGAUAAGAAUGUACGAACCCGACCCUUUAAAAAUCACAUCUAUGGAGGAGAUGGAUUCCUGUGAGAAAAAUCUUGUUGAUACUUUGACAACCGUCAUGCAGAGAAAGGAAUACUUGUUGAGUAAUCAACUAUCUUCUUACGAACCACCCGGAUGGCAGCAAGUAUUCCAAGGCCCUUACGAGACUGCAAUAGAAAGUUGGAUCCCCAACAGCAAUGCCCAAAUCUUCGACGCGUCUUCUUCUUUGGAUCCCCUUACAGAAUUAGGAUCCACGGUUUAUGAUCCAUUUGCACAAGGAACAAGCUCGAAUGUGGAUCCAAACAGCUUGGAAGGAGGGUGUCAUGUCCCAAAUGCUGGUGACCAAAAACUACAAGCUUGGCCUCAGCCUUACCCUCCAACUGCUACUGCCCAUCCUUCCCUCAUGCCACCCACCUUUUACUCUCAAAUUGAGGGCGAUCAGCAUGCAUUGGGGACAUCCAACAUGGCAGAGAUCAUACCACACCAGCAAAUCGAGAUCCCAAUUAGCAGCUUAAAUGUGGGACCCCGCAAUUUUGGGAACGAAGCUUCAAAUUGA